AUGGGUGGUGACAGCAGUGGAGAUGUUAUUGCCAGUUUUCGAGGAACUGUCCCAUAUGGCCUCUCUUUGGAAAUUGGAGAUACAGUUCAGAUCCUGGAGAAGUGUGAUGGCUGGUACCGAGGAUUUGCCUUAAAAAACCCAAAUAUCAAGGGUAUAUUUCCUUCCAGCUAUGUUCACUUGAAAAAUGCCUGUGUAAAGAACAAAGGACAGUUUGAAAUGGUUAUUCCCACUGAAGAUUCAGUUAUCACAGAAAUGACAUCAACUUUAAGAGACUGGGGCACAAUGUGGAAGCAACUGUAUGUGAGGAAUGAAGGUGAUCUCUUCCACCGGCUGUGGCACAUCAUGAAUGAAAUCCUGGAUCUGCGGCGGCAGGUGCUGGUGGGCCACCUUACCCACGAUCGCAUGAAGGAUGUGAAGCGCCACAUUACUGCCCGCCUUGACUGGGGCAAUGAACAACUGGGACUGGACCUGGUGCCUAGAAAAGAGUAUUCCAUGGUGGAUCCAGAGGACAUCAGCAUUACUGAGCUCUAUCGACUGAUGGAGCAUCGACAUCGGAAGAAAGAUACCCCAGUGCAGGCCAGCAGCCAUCACCUCUUUGUGCAGAUGAAGAGCCUCAUGUGUUCUAAUCUGGGAGAGGAGCUGGAAGUCAUCUUCUCACUCUUUGAUAGUAAAGAGAAUCGACCAAUCAGUGAGAGGUUUUUCUUGAGGCUGAAUAGAAACGGGCUUCCGAAAGCCCCGGAUAAACCGGAGCGACACUGUUCUCUCUUUGUGGAUUUGGGUAGCAGUGAGCUCCGGAAGGACAUCUAUAUCACAGUGCACAUUAUCCGAAUCGGUCGAAUGGGAGCAGGAGAAAAGAAAAAUGCCUGCAGUGUCCAAUACCGACGACCCUUUGGCUGUGCCGUUCUUAGCAUCGCUGACCUGCUGACAGGAGAGACAAAGGAUGACCUCAUCCUGAAAGUGUACAUGUGUAACACAGAGAGUGAAUGGUACCAAAUCCAUGAGAACAUCAUUAAAAAGCUGAAUGCACGUUAUAAUUUGACUGGCUCCAAUGCAGGAUUAGCAGUUUCCCUACAGCUGUUACAUGGAGACAUUGAACAAAUCAGAAGAGAAUACUCAUCGGUGUUUUCUCACGGAGUAUCCAUAACGAGGAAGUUGGGGUUUUCUAAUAUUAUAAUGCCUGGGUAUCUGAUGUCUAAAGAAGAAAAGACACUUUCUCAGCAGACCAUCUCUGACUUCUCCAAGCCAAAUAACUCUGAGGGGAGUUUUAUGCAGAGGCUUCUGAGCCUAUAUUUCUUCUACAUUAAGUGCUAUGACUACAAAGGAAUAAGACUGGUUUCUGAUUUUAUCUCCUUUGGCUCUGGAGAGCCACCAGCUAGUGAGUACCACUCCUUCGUGCUUUAUCAUAACAACAGUCCCAGGUGGUCUGAACUGCUGAAACUUCCGAUUCCUGUGGAUAAAUUCAGGGGCGCACAUAUCCGCUUUGAGUUUCGACAUUGUUCCACGAAGGAGAAAGGAGAGAAGAAGUUGUUUGGUUUCUCUUUUGUCCCUCUGAUGCAGGAGGAUGGCAGGACGCUUCCAGAUGGCACUCAUGAGCUCAUUGUGCACAAGUGUGAAGAAAACACAAACCUUCAAGAUACUACCCGCUACCUCAGGCUUCCCUUUUCUAAGGGCAUUCUCCUUGGGAAUAAUAACCAAGUCAUGAAGGCCACAAAGGAGUCCUUUUGGAUAACAUCUUUUCUCUGUUCCACGAAACUCACACAAAACGGUGAUAUGCUUGAUCUUUUGAAAUGGAGAGCCCACCCAGAAAAGAUCACAGGCUGUCUCUCUAAAUUAAAGGAAAUUGAUGGCUCAGAGAUAGUAAAGUUCCUACAAGAUACAUUGGAUACCUUAUUUGGCAUUUUAGAUGAAAAUUCCCAAAAAUAUGGGUCUAAAGUGUUUGAUUCUUUGGUUCACAUAAUAAAUUUGCUCCAGGAUAGCAAAUUUCAUCAUUUUAAGCCUGUAAUGGACACUUACAUUGAGAGUCAUUUUGCUGGGGCCCUUGCAUACAGAGACCUCAUAAAAGUGCUCAAGUGGUACGUGGACAGGAUAACGGAAGCAGAGCGGCAAGAGCAUAUCCAGGAGGUGUUGAAGGCUCAAGAAUACAUUUUUAAGUACAUCGUUCAGUCUCGGAGGCUCUUCUCCCUUGCUACCGGUGGACAAAAUGAAGAGGAAUUCCGCUGUUGCAUUCAGGAGCUCCUUAUGUCAGUCCGCUUCUUUCUUUCACAAGAGAGCAAAGGCUCUGGGGCACUGUCUCAAUCACAGGCCGUGUUUCUCAGCUCCUUCCCGGCCGUGUACUCAGAGCUGUUGAAGCUCUUUGAUGUGCGGGAGGUGGCCAACUUGGUGCAGGACACUCUGGGCAGUCUGCCGACCAUCAUGCACGUGGACGACGCCCUACAGGCUGUCAAGUUGCAGUGCAUUGGGAAAACCGUGGAGAGCCAGUUGUAUACCAACCCAGACUCCCGGUACAUUCUCUUGCCUGUCGUUUUACAUCACCUUCACGUGCAUUUGCAAGAACAGAAGGACCUGAUCAUGUGCGCUCGUAUCCUUAGCAACGUAUUUUGUCUCAUCAAGAAAAAUAGCUCAGAAAAAUCUGUGCUAGAGGAAAUAGAUGUGAUAGUGGCCAGCCUGCUGGACAUCCUGCUGAGAACUAUAUUGGAGAUCACCAGUCGACCUCAGCCAUCCGGCUCUGCAUUGCGGCUCCAGUUCCAGGAUGUCACGGGGGAGUUUGUUGCUUGUCUCCUGUCCCUUUUACGACAGAUGACAGAUAGACAUUAUCAACAGCUUCUUGAUAGUUUCAAUACAAAAGAAGAUCUAAGGGAUUUCCUGCUGCAGAUAUUUACUGUGUUCCGAAUAUUGAUUCGCCCAGAGAUGUUUCCAAAGGACUGGACUGUUAUGCGCUUGGUUGCUAACAACGUUAUUAUUACAACAGUUCUGUACCUCUCAGACGCUCUUCGCAAGAACUUCCUAAAUGAAAACUUUGAUUAUAAGAUCUGGGAUUCCUACUUUUACCUCGCAGUCAUUUUUAUAAAUCAGUUGUGUCUGCAGUUGGAGAUGUUCACACCUUCCAAAAAGAAAAAGGUGUUAGAAAAGUAUGGUGACAUGCGGGUAACAAUGGGUUGUGAAAUAUUCAGCAUGUGGCAAAACCUAGGAGAACACAAGCUUCAUUUCAUUCCUGCCUUGAUUGGCCCCUUCCUUGAAGUUACCUUGAUUCCCCAGCCAGAUCUCCGAAAUGUCAUGAUUCCUAUUUUCCACGAUAUGAUGGACUGGGAGCAGAGACGGAGCGGCAACUUUAAACAGGUGGAAGCCAAGCUAAUUGACAAACUGGAUAGCCUCAUGUCCGAAGGCAAAGGUGAUGAAACAUACCGUGAGCUCUUCAACAGUAUAAUUCCACUAUUUGGUCCCUAUCCUAGUCUACUAAAGAAAAUUGAGCGGGAAACAUGGAGGGAAAGUGGCGUUUCAUUAAUCGCCACUGUAACUCGUCUAAUGGAGAGGUUGUUAGAUUACAGGGACUGCAUGAAAAUGGGAGAGGUAGAUGGCAAAAAGAUUGGCUGCACAGUUAGCCUCCUGAACUUCUAUAAGACUGAACUGAACAAGGAAGAGAUGUAUAUACGCUACAUUCACAAACUCUAUGAUCUACAUCUGAAAGCACAAAACUUCACAGAAGCUGCAUAUACUCUCCUGUUAUAUGACGAACUGCUGGAAUGGUCUGAUCGGCCCCUCAGAGAGUUUCUGACAUACCCGAUGCAAACAGAGUGGCAGCGCAAGGAGCACCUGCACCUCACCAUCAUCCAGAACUUUGACAGAGGCAAAUGUUGGGAGAAUGGCAUUAUCUUGUGCCGGAAGAUUGCCGAGCAGUACGAGAGCUAUUAUGACUACAGAAACCUGAGCAAGAUGAGGAUGAUGGAAGCCUCUUUGUAUGAUAAAAUUAUGGACCAGCAACGGCUUGAACCAGAGUUCUUCAGAGUUGGAUUUUAUGGGAAGAAAUUCCCGUUUUUCUUAAGAAAUAAGGAGUUUGUGUGCCGAGGGCAUGACUACGAGAGGCUGGAGGCCUUCCAACAGAGGAUGCUGACCGAGUUUCCCCAUGCCAUCGCCAUGCAGCAUGCCAACCAGCCCGAUGAAACUAUCUUCCAGGCAGAAGCUCAAUACCUGCAGAUCUAUGCUGUGACUCCCAUCCCAGAGAGCCAAGAAGUCCUGCAGAGAGAGGGCGUUCCUGACAACAUCAAAAGUUUCUAUAAAGUGAAUCAUAUCUGGAAAUUCCGCUACGACAGACCAUUUCACAAAGGGACUAAAGAUAAGGAGAAUGAAUUCAAGAGUCUCUGGGUGGAGAGAACGUCCUUAUACUUGGUACAGAGUUUACCUGGGAUUUCCCGCUGGUUUGAAGUGGAAAAGCGUGAAGUGGUAGAAAUGAGUCCUCUAGAAAAUGCAAUUGAAGUGCUGGAAAAUAAGAAUCAACAACUAAAGACUCUGAUUAGUCAGUGUCAGACAAGACAGAUGCAGAAUAUUAAUCCCUUGACCAUGUGCCUGAAUGGAGUAAUAGAUGCUGCAGUUAAUGGUGGUGUUUCCAGGUACCAAGAGGCAUUCUUUGUGAAAGAAUAUAUCUUAAGUCACCCUGAAGAUGGAGAGAAAAUUGCACGGUUAAGAGAGCUGAUGCUGGAGCAGGCACAGAUUCUGGAAUUUGGUUUGGCUGUGCAUGAGAAGUUUGUGCCUCAAGAUAUGAGACCCCUUCACAAAAAGUUGGUUGAUCAGUUCUUCGUGAUGAAGUCAAGCUUAGGGAUACAGGAGUUCUCUGCUUGUAUACAAGCCAGCCCAGUCCAUUUUCCUAAUGGAAGCCCUCGCGUGUGUAGAAACUCAGCACCUGCUUCCAUGAGCCCAGAUGGCACCAGGGUAAUUCCUAGACGCAGCCCAUUAAGUUACCCAGCUGUCAACCGAUAUUCCUCCUCCUCACUGUCCUCCCAAGCUUCUGCUGAAGUAAGCAAUAUUACAGGGCAAUCAGAAAGCUCUGAUGAAGUCUUUAACAUGCAGCCAAGUCCAUCUACCUCAAGCUUGAGUUCAACUCAUUCCGCUUCACCUAAUGUGACAAGUUCUGCUCCAUCAAGUGCCAGAGCUUCUCCUUUGUUGUCUGACAAACACAAACAUUCCAGAGAAAAUUCUUGCUUGUCGCCAAGAGAGAGACCAUGCAGCGCCAUCUAUCCAACACCGGUGGAGCCUUCCCAGAGAAUGCUGUUUAAUCACAUUGGAGACGGUGCCUUGCCACGCAGUGACCCUAAUCUUUCUGCACCUGAGAAAGCUGUGAACCCCACCCCUAGCAGCUGGAGCCUGGACAGUGGGAAAGAAGCCAAGACCAUGUCGGAUAGUGGGAAGCUUAUCUCUCCCCCUGUCCCUCCAAGACCCACACUGACUGCUUCACCCGCAAGACACACGACGCCAGUAUCCCCCUCCCCUGCUGGACGAUCUCCAUUGAAGGGCUCUGUGCAGUCUUUCGCCCCCUCUCCAGUGGACUAUCACUCCUCAGGCCUGAUCUCCAACUCGCCAGUCUUGUCCGGAAGCUACAGCAGUGGGAUUUCCUCUCUCAGCCGGUGUAGCACGUCCGAAACCUCAGGCUUUGAAAAUCAGGUGAACGAGCAGCCGGGCCCGGGGCCGGUGUCCCCCUACAGUGGGCCUGAGGAGCCGGUGCGCAAGGAGAGCAAGACGCCCCCGCCAUACAGCGUCUACGAGCGGACUCUCCGGCGCCCGGUCCCGCUACCUCACAGCCUGUCCAUUCCCGUCACUUCCGAGCCACCCGCUUUGCCCCCCAAGCCCCUAGCAGCGCGAUCCAACCACCUGGAGAACGGGACCCGCAGGACUGAGCCUGGGCCAAGGCCAAGGCCCCUGCCCCGGAAAGUCUCUCAGUUAUAA